CUCCAAUGAGUUGGCUAUAACAAAACACAAACCGGAUCAUUGUAUUGCCAAUAUUGCUCGGGGAGGCAUAGGGGUUGAAAACAAAGUCAUUGUCAUUAUCGACGGAAUCGCAGAAAACAGAACAUAAGAUGAAGAUAAUUAUCAGUCUGACAAUCGCAGUUCUGGCUAUAAGCACCUGUCAAGGACUUGAUGAACUCGGAAGACAAAGAGGUCAAGCAUAUAAUGCAUUAUUUGGAUCGACCGUGUGCAGUGAUGCAAGGGAGGCUACAGCUAUGUAUAAGCAAGAACUUCGCAGGAUUCAUGACAACAAAGAGGAGUUUUGCGAACAUGUCGAGGGCCGUGAUGAAUGCAGUGUUGGAGAUGAUAUUCGUGAACUACAUAACGAUUUCAAGGAACUACUCGGAAAAAUCAAGGCACUUCUAGAACUAAACAACCUUGGGUUUAAAAUAAUGAGCUUAGUUGCGCUGUACUUAGGUAAAUGUCGUUACACUUUAAUGAGUUGGGUGGGAACAAACAACCUCAUUUUGCCAGUAUCGUUGGAGGAGAGUUUGGGACAAAAACAAAGACAUUGUUACAAUCAACGGAAGCACACGACAGUACUGAAGAUGAAGAUAAUCAUCAGCUUGACAAUCGCAGUUCUGCUUAUAAGCACAUGUCAAGGAAAUGAUGAAGGCGAAAGAUUCAGAGGUCAAAGACUUGAUCAACUCGGACCUAAAGCGUCUCAGUGCAGCGAAGCAAAAAAACAAGCAGAAGUUUAUCAUGAACAACUUCAGGCAAUAUAUCGCAACAAGGCAGGGUUUUGCAGAGAUGUCCGGGGUCGGAGAUAUUAUGGAUAUUAUGGAGCAUACAUCUAUCGGGGAAUGAGGCCUGAACCUUUUGAAGGGGGAGAAUGUAGCGUUGUACAAAAACUUCGUGACCUACACCAUGAAUACAAGGAACUACUAUACAAUGUGCAGAAACUUCUAAAGAAAUUCAACCUCAAAAAACCGCUGCCCCUUCUCCGCCGCCUUCAGAGGAAAGGCGAGUUGUCAGCGAAAUGAACGUCAGUUAAAAUACCAAACUAAAUCCUUCUGGACGAUCAAGGAACUGUCGUAUAAAAUAAAACAUUACAAAAAGCAAAAAAUAACUAAUUAAUGUUCAAAAGAACGUUUAACAUAACAUGGAAAACAAGAAUACAAUACAAAGAAUUUACGCAUACAAA